AUAGUGUAAAGUAUAUCUUGGCUGAAUUUCACAUUACUUCUUCAACUCGUAAAUAUAAAUAUUACACUUAAAUUUAUUAAUAAAUGGAUAGCUCUAGUAAGAAUCUUGUUUCCCUAUACAAUCAACUAUUUCUCCUACUGAUAUACUAAAUAAAACAAAUAUUUGAGUGUAACUUAAAAUUUCCGCUUUUUUUUUAAUACAAACAUGUUAAGAUGAAGUCGUCAGCAAUUAGUGUUAUUAUUAAGAACUAUAAGUUAUUCUGAAAUUAAUUUAAGUAACAAGGUUAUUAAUGGAGUUUGUUCUCUGGGAUCAACCUCCAAUCAAUUACCCAAAGGGAUGGUGUUAUGUCCUUGAUCUAUCUACCCACUUUUUGUACUGAGGAUACUUAUCUAAUCCAGUUUAAGACCUUGGCGCGAUAGGCUGACCGACCUAACCUUGAGGUCAGUACGCGUGAGUUCGAAAUGGGGUAGAGAGAAGAAAACUAUUCUAUCACCUGAUUGGCUGACAAGCACGCGAAUAAAUGAAGACAAAACAACUGGAACACUACUCGAUCUAUUCCUGAUAUCCUGAUUUCCUCUUCGGAUUAAUGUAAAAAGGUACAUGAAUAAAUAGGUGACUAACCCGACCACAAAGUACAACAAUUAGGAAAAAUACAUUUAUGUCCAAAGCGGGUAAUUCGCGUGGAAACUAGGGUGCAAAAUAUUAUGUUUAAAUUACAAUAUCUUUGGAACAGAAAAGGGUAUGACAAUGAAUCAUACAUCUAACGAAAGCUUAUGUUCUGUAGAAUAGAUAAGGGACAAAAAUAAGUGUUAAUGUUUUACAGGCUUUGAAUAAAAUGAAUUAACGUCCCAAAAAAUAGCUUUCGUAGUUUUUCAGGGCUUCUUGUUUCCCUGUUCACAUCAGAUGGAGAAUAGCUGAGCAAGGUGGAAGAAAAAUGGUACACCUAUUAAUAACCGAUGCACAUGAUCAAACCAUCCAGCUCAGAGAACAAAACUCCAUUAAAAUCACCCACCUGAGCUACAAAUCUCCACCAUCUCAGUAACAAAGUUAUAUUAGAUGAUAAAAAAACCGAAAUGGUACUAAAUAAAUGUUUAAUCACAUUUUUAAAGAACUCCUAAACGUUUUACAAAACCCAAAAUGAGAUAAGGAUAAAUAUUUACAGGUAUUUACAACAAACACAAUAUACCAAGAUCAUUGAAUUGGAAUCCAACAGUCCAUAUUUUCAACGUCAGUAAAUUUGUAAUAUAGUACAAUCCUUAUUUUAUUUUAGUGGCCCUGGAAUAUCUGAAUCCAGUUUUAUCGUACGAAUGAUUAUUAUCGAAUGGUUGCUAUCGUAAUACACAUAUCGCCAAUUCUCGCAAAUAAUCAUCGAAUUAAAUCGCAUUAGUGAAUAACGAAAUUAAAUAAGUCAAAUAUGAGAAUGGAUUUUUGAAUACGUAUAUUUUGUACGCUCAUCGAUCUGGAAAGACAGAGAGACGGGGCGAAGAGAAGAGAGUGGAGCGAAAUGACGCGCAGUGGAGAAGGCGUAUGAGCCAAUUCGAUUUAACCAAGCGAUAAUCGAUAUUUAUAGUCGCAUAGAAAUAAGUUAUAGACAUGUGAUGAAUAGGAUAUGAAGUGCACACAUACGCUUACAUAAAAACAGUCAAGGUUGAUAAGCGAAUAAUUAACAAGGUCAAAACGUGGCUCAGGAAGAAUGAAUAUAUCGGCUUGUCUGGAAGCUGGAAUAAGUUAUGUGGGCUUAAUAUAGCACUACAUCAUUAAUAUAGGGGUUGAAAUUGAUCAUUAUCAAAUUGGUAAUUUAACUAGAGGACAUUGAUUUUAAUACAUUUUCUAUCUGUCUUGAAAUGUUAGACAACUGAAGCAGUUCAAAUUAUUUUCUAUAAUCUGUGCAGAAAUAAUACCAUUUCCAAGAUUAUUAAAAACACUUCCAUUACCUUAUCAUGGCGCAAUGAAAUCGAAAUAUUCUUAUAACAUUGAUAUGAAUUAAUUGGAUGAAUUUACUUGAAAAUAAUUAUCAUUAACAAACAAUAAUGAGUGAUUAUUCAAUAGAUGAAUUGUCUACAGAAGAUAAUAUUAGCAGUAAUAAUCUGAUAAGACUACCGUCCAAUGAAUCUUCAUCAGAAAAUUUAUCUUCAUUGUUUAAACACUUAGAACUACCUAAACAAGAAUUACUUGAUCGUCAGAUCAAUACAACUAAUCCAUUGUUUAUUGCUCCUUUAUCCGAUCACAAUUCAAUAAAUAUAAAUAUUUCUGAAAGACAAACUGAAAUCAAUCAACAAAAUAAUCAGAAUAUAUCUAAAUUAGAAGAUAUUUUAUCGGAUAUUUCAUUGUCUACAUUUUGGGAACCAUUUAAAACUGUUGAAAGAAAAGAAAUUGAAAUAAAAUCUCCCAAAAUAGAAAAUAUGAUAUCAAGGAAGGAUGAAAAUUCAGUUGUCAAUUUUAAGUUACAUCCAAUAUUUUCGGGAAAAUCAUGGGCUCAUUCAUUAUUUAAAGAAAGUAUAAAUUGUUAUGAUGAAUAUAAAGAGAAUCCAGAAAGAAUAUUAGACGAUCAUUUUAGUCGAAUAUGGAAAACACGUGAAGUAUGUAUGCUUUCAGAAGAUCAAAUUGAUUUACAAACUGCAUUUCCAAAGUGUUCCAAAAAAUGUAAUAAAACUCGUAGAAAAUGUCAUACAAAUAAACAUAUCUAUUAUGAAGAUAAUAAUAAUAUUCAUCAUAAUUUGAAAGAUUUCAAAAACAAUAUGAAGUUAAUUGGAAAAGAUGAAUUAUCUUAUAGGAAUUGUAAUAAUUCUCAAUAUAUUGAUCAUAAUGAAGAGAAUAUUGAUAGAUGGAAUUCUAACCAAACAUUAAUCAAAAAUCAUUUUAAUUCAUCGAAACAACUUCAAAUCACUACUUCUCAUUAUUCAUAUGAUCAUAAUAAUUAUCAUACCAAUUUACAACAAAAAUAUUAUGUAUGUAAUCUAUGUAACAAGCAUUACUUUGAACAAAAUGAUUAUCAUGAUAAUUUAUUCAAUCCAAUUGAGGAGGAAUAUACUCCAGUGUAUUCGGAUGAAGUUAUAACAGAUUAUAUCACUUUCCAUACAUCUAUAGACCUAAGAAGAAAAGAAAAUUGGAAUAAAAGAAUAAUUAAUCACAGGUGCCCCUCAUAUAAUAGCUGUUUAGAUAAAUCAGAGAAAUACAAUAACAGAAAAUAUCAUAAUCAUUUCAUUCAAACUUCAAUAUCAUUACAGGAUGUUAUUAAUGAUAAAGAAGAUUUUCUGUUGAAUAACUUCAUAAUUAGUAUAGUUUAUAUAUCAGAAGAUUCAUUACCACACAUAAUUCUAUGUGAAAAUAUUCAAUGGACAUUGAAACUUUUUAAGAAGAAAGUUAUUCAAAAACUAUAUUCUAUUAAUCAAAAACUUCAAAAUGAAAUGUAUAAUGAAUUCCAGAAUUUGAAGAAACGAUUUUAUUUCAAAACUGAAUCCAAUGAAUUAAAUACCAAUAUGAUUUAUUAUGAAAUUAUUGAUGAUACAGAAGUGAUACCUCGUUGGAAAGGUUUAAUAUGGGCUAAAAUUGAAAUAGAUCACAAUGAAGUAUUAUAAGUAGUAAACAUUGGUUUUCAUUCUUGUUAAUUUAUAUGUACAUAUUAUUAAGAUAUAAAAAUAUAUAAAUUAUUUCUUAAGUUAUUUUAUUCUUGUAUGAUCUAAUAUACAACAACAAGGGUUGGGAUGGUUACAUGAUCCAUAAUUAUAUUGCCUAGAUUUUAUGAAUUUUGACAAUCUUGUCGAGACUUCAUUGAAUUUUCGAUGGACUAUCAUGUUUAAUUGGUUUUUAAAAUUGUGUACUGUACUUAAUAUAUCCAUCAUUGCAU